GUGGAGCGGUAGAGGCGCAGUUGCUACAGCAGCAUCAGUCGUAGACAAGACAGAAAGAUGGAGGACCUUGAAGCUAUGGAAUCCCCUCCUCCCAGUGAGAAUCUAAUACCUUGCAAAAUAUGUGGGAGAAGUUUUUUCUCCAGUGUACUUAAGAAGCAUGUACCAAUUUGCCAAAAGACUGCUGCUAAAAAAAGGAAGGUGUUUGACUCCAGCAGGCAAAGGGCAGAAGGAACGGACAUUCCCACUGUGAAGCCUUUAAAACCAAAGUUACACAGUACAGCCAGAACUUCUAAGUCUGAUACACCUGAACCGCCCAAGAAACAGUCAAACUGGCGUAGAAAGCAUGAGGAGUUCAUUGCUACGAUCCGUGCUGCAAAGGGGCUAACCCAAGUAAUGAAAGAGGGGGGUCCUCUGCCUCCUCCCCCACCCCCUUCUUAUGACCCAGACUACAUCCAGUGCCCUUAUUGCCAGAGGCGCUUCAGUGAAAAUGCUGCAGACAGGCACAUCAAGUUCUGUAAGGAGCAAGCGGCACGCAUCUCCAACAAGGGCAAAUUUCCUGGAGACGCGAAAGGGAAGCCUCCAGUAAGGUCUCAGUACAAGCCUCCACCAGUGAAGAAGGCAGCCUCCUCAGCAGUGUCGACGGUGUCUUCCACCUCCCGCUUGCCCCAGCGCUCCUCUCCUGGACAGACUAGCGGAGGCAUUCCCACUAGCAGGACCCCUUCAGCCGGGUCAGUGAAGAGCACUUCGUCAGGGUACUCACCAUCUCGCACCAAUUCUGCUGGCCUAACCAGCCCUCCAUCUGGAUUAAAUAUGAAAUCUGGGACCACAAGCUCUCCAGGAUCCUUGAAGAACACAUCUGGUGUUGGAUUGAACAAAAGGAAAGUCUACAAUGCAGAUAACUACAAUUCUAGGAACCAUGCCAAAAGUGAGUGUGAGGUGGAUUACCCCUCAGGUCAACAGACCAAGUUUUGUCAUGAAUGUGGGACCAAGUACCCUGUGGACUGGGCCAAGUUCUGCUGUGAGUGUGGAGUGAGACGGAUGUGCAUUUAAAUGGAAAAGAAAAAGGUGAUUCAAAAUACAACUGAUAUGCUGAUUUUUUUUUCCCUAGUGUUACAACAUCAUAAAGCACCCAUCUAAAUUGUUUGUCCUUCCCAGCAGGAUGCCAUGUUUUAAUAUUUCAAAAUUGUGUUUCAGAAGUGCAAUAUGAUUGACUACUAAUUGAAUAUGGGGUAUAUGUUAUGAUUUUUAGAGCUUUUUCCUUAACGUGUACAGAGCUUCACUAAGAUUGACGAUUUUCUACAGGACCAGAGUACGCAAUUGCUUGAUUGUUACCUGAAGUGGAUUCCUUGAAUGAACUAUGGCAAUGUGUAGAAAUGAGGGGAAAAAAGGCAUUGUUGCACUUAACACUAACAUACAAGCAGUUUUAAAUUAGUAGGAGAAUUACUUCUUCUGAGUUGAUAUGAUAAUGUUUAAUUUAAAAGACUUAAGAGUAAGAGCCUCUGAUCAACUACUUUGAGUUUUUUUUUUUUUUUUAAUAAAUGACACAUA